AUGGAGGCAGUGCGGGAAAAGUACGGGACCCGAACUGCGACGGACUUGAAGUGCUACCUGGAGAUCCCUGAGAGACCGAUCAAGGCCAACAAUGGACGAACGUCGUGGUUCCAGAACGAGACCUACAACGGCAACAUCAUGAUCUUUGUCAAGUUUUAUGACCCUUUCACGACGACGACCAUGCGGGGUCUUGGCAAGCUGUACGUCCACAAGCAGACGGUGGUGGGCGAUAUAGUCGGUCGUUUAAACGAGAUGAAGGGAUUCCCCGCACACACAUCCCUGAAACUGUUUGAGGAAAUUAAACCUUCCAUGAUUGAGCCAAUGAAGGUCAAGCUGACGUUCCACCAGUGCGAGAUCCAAGGCGGCGACAUCAUCGUCUUCCAGAAGGAGCUGACCCAGAAGGAGACCGAAGAACUUGAGCAGCGAAAACUCCGGGGGACCGUGCCGCAGUACUUUGAUUACAUUCACAACCGUCUCAUGGUCGAAUUUACGCCCAAGACGGAGAAUGAUGCACAUCUGCCCACAUUCCUGGUUGAGCUCUCUAAGAAGAAUACCUACGACGAGAUCGCCGCUGUAGCAUCUGCGAAGCUAGAGAUCGACCCUCUGUUUGUCCAGUUCACCUCGUCCUCUGUGGGCGGCGUUCCUAAGAAGGUGAUUCUCAAGGACACGAAGCUGUCGCUGGAGGAAAUUCUUUCUCCAGGAUAUGUUCAAGGAAACGAGAAGACGACAUUGUUUUACCAGAAGCUGGACAUGAGUAUUGUCGAGCUAGAGACUAAGCGAAUGUUCAAGGUGAUCUGGCUAAGUCCUACCCUGAAGAAGGAGUCGACACAUGAGAUGCUUUUGCCUAAGGCUGGAAGUAUCGCUGAGGUUAUCGAAGAACUUGAGAAACGCGUGGCGCUGAGCCCCGAGGGCACUGGCAAGAUCCGAAUGUUCUCAUUGUACGAGUCCAAGAUCCAAAAUGAGUUUGAUCGUGACGACCCCAAAAGCGACCACGACGACCAGAACGAGUUGUUUGCGGAGGAAAUCCCCAAGGAGGAGGCUGACAAAGCUGAGAACGACAAGCUGAUGAACUGCUUCCAUUUCUCGGGAGAAUGCACCAAGCAAUACGGGAUCCCUUUCAAAAUUGUGGUCAAGGAGGGAGAGCUGUUCUCGGAGACCAAGGUUCGGAUCCGGGCACGUCUUGGAAUGGAGGAGGAGGAGUUCGAGAAGGUCAAGUUUGUCAUCUAUGACAGCAGCGACCAGAUCACACCCGUCAAGCAUGACGAUAAGCUGUCGGAGGCGACCACCCUUGACAACGAGUCGUUGGGACUUGAUCACGCCGAAAAGAAGGAAAAGCUCAAGCCUCAACCCGCAAAUCCUGAGGCGGAGGCUCCCAUCACCAUUAGCGGAUAG